AUGACUCAGUUACGCCAACUCUUCUACAGCAUCAAAAGUCGUUUGUUUUUGAAACGGUAUCACACCGGUUGGAGCGACAAUAUUAGAAAACAGUCGGAACUGUCAGAAAGAGUUUACCAGCGAGAACAUAAGUUUGGGGCUCAUAACUAUCAUCCAUUGCCCGUUGUGUUAGCCAAAGGAAACGGUAUUUAUGUGUGGGAUGUCGAGGGUAACAAAUAUAUGGAUUUUCUUAGUGCGUAUAGCUCCGUCAAUCAAGGUCAUUGUCAUCCAAAGCUUGUGCAGACUCUAAAGGAACAAGCGGAAACUCUGACGUUAACUUCGCGGGCUUUCUACAAUAAUGUCCUUGGGGAAUACGAGGAAUACAUUACUAAGUUAUUUGGUUAUGACAAGGUGUUGCCUAUGAAUACUGGAUUAAUUUGGCUGGCACAAUAUCGAGCACUGGUUUGUGGACCUCCAUGCGAGUAA